UGAGGAUACAGAACCUAAUGUUCGUUAAAUCACUGCUGUGUUGUGAGCAGAGACUGGAUAUGAAUACACAACUUUAAUCAUGACAAUUAAUCCCUCCGGUUUACGGAUAGUACGAUAUGGCUGCAUAUAGCAUUCACAGAAGAAGGGUGUAAGGGUGGUGCAUAUGGCAGCAUGCGUUCGCCAGCUUUGGAUAGUUUCUACUGCUGUUGUCCCAGCAACAUUUGGUUACACUCGGCAGUAGAAUAUAAUAAACAUCACCAUAGCCUACUCAUAGACGAUGUUGUGGUAGGGGACUCACAAUGAAUCGAUACACGACUAUCAGACAGCUGGGGGAUGGAACCUACGGCUCAGUCGUCCUCGGCCGCAGUCUGGAAUCGGGAGAGCUGGUUGCCAUAAAGAAAAUGAAGAGGAAGUUUUACUCCUGGGAAGAAUGCAUGAAUCUUCGUGAGGUCAAAUCCUUAAAGAAGCUCAACCAUGCCAAUGUGGUUAAACUCAAGGAGGUUAUUCGAGAGAAUGACCACUUAUACUUUGUAUUUGAGUACAUGAAGGAGAACUUGUAUCAGCUAAUGAAAGACAGGGCUCGUUUGUUUCCUGAAUCUGCUGUAAGAAACAUUAUGUUUCAGAUACUUCAAGGGCUUACAUUCAUUCACAAACAUGGGUUCUUCCACAGAGAUAUGAAGCCUGAGAACCUCCUGUGCAUCGGACCAGAGCUGGUGAAGAUAGCAGACUUUGGGCUGGCUCGGGAGAUCAGAUCUCGCCCUCCGUACACAGACUAUGUCUCUACCAGAUGGUACCGAGCCCCAGAAGUGCUGCUCAGAUCCGUGUCCUACAGCUCCCCCAUAGACCAGUGGGCCGUGGGCUGCAUCAUGGCCGAACUCUACACACUCAGACCCCUGUUCCCAGGAUCCAGCGAAAUAGACACCAUCUUCAAAAUCUGCCAAGUGCUGGGAACACCCAAGAAGAAUGACUGGCCAGAGGGCUUCCAGUUGGCAAGCUCCAUGAAUUUCCGCUGGCCCCAAUGUGUACCGAGCCUUCUGCGGACGCUGAUCCCCAACGCCAGCGCUGAAGCAUUCCACCUGAUGAGAGAUCUACUGCAGUGGGAUCCCAAGAAGAGGCCAGCUUCUAGCCAGGCUCUCCGCUACUCCUACUUCUACGUGGGCCAGGCGCUGGGCACGCCCCAGCAGAUCCUGGACCAGGGCAGGCCCCAGCCCGCCCUGGUCGCGCCCCAGCCCCAGCCCCAGCACAUUCCCCACCAGCAACCCCUCCUGCUCCAGCCGGUUCCCCCCAACCAGCCGCUGCCGCCGCCCGCCAGCCAGCACCCCCCCCACCCUCCCCGGCCGCUGCAGCCGAUCCAGCCGCCGCCGCCGCCGCCGCCGUCUGCGGGCCUCCAGGCCGCCGCGUACCAGCGGCACGGCGAGCUGCCGCGGGGGCAGCCGCCCGGCCACGCCCCGACGCCGCAGGAGGCCCAGCGGGCCCCGCAGGGCCACCUCCCGUACAUCACGGACAAAGGCCUCCAGAGCAAACUGAGACCGGAUCCGGAGAACGGAAGCGCCCUGAGCUUGCAGACGAAGCCCAAGGCGGGCCGGCGGCGCUGGGGCCACAGCACGGGGCUGCUGAAGGCGGACGACUGGGAGGACUACGAGGACACCGAGCUGCUGCCCCUGGGGGGCAAAGCUCACUACUCCGUGGAGAAGCCCAAGCAGGGAGCCGAGGCGGCCAGCAGAUAUGGAAAUGCUCUGGAUUUCAGCCGGCCUAAUGGCAAGGAAGAGAGUCCAUUGAAUCUGAAUAAGGCUUCAUCCACGUACCUGGAGCCUUCAAGAACUGCCUCUGCAAAGCAGCAUUACCUAAAGCAGUCCAGAUAUUUACCUGGAAUCAGUACCAAAAAGAAUCAGACGGUGAUUUCAAACAAAGACUUGAGUAGCAGCCACCUGUGGGGAAACCACAGCAUUCCCUUUGGAGGAACGCUCCCAAACAGAGGCCCUCAUGGCACCAAUACGAUCCCCAGCGGAUACGUGCCAACCUAUCUCAAAAAGGAGCUUGGUUCUGCUGGACACAGAGGAUCACCAAUGGGAUCCACCUUGGAUCCAAGUUACACAGCAUCGAAUUAUGCAACGUGGAGGUCCAACCGCAGUCACGUGGGCACCUCCUCUUACGCUCCCUCUGCCAGCAAAAGCACCCCCGGUCUGGUGCCUCACCCCCCCGUACAAAGCCUCCAUGGGAGGAGAGACUGGUCCGCCAAAUAUGGGCACCGCUGACUGGCCUCAUUACCUUGCAUGGUUCUAGGGGUUUCUGGGUGCCUCAAAAAAACUCUUUCCCUCCAAAGAGUAGGCAUAGGUGUUUUUGUAAUGUUACUCAAACAAUGGCAUUUGUACAUAUCUUCUGUAUAGCAAUAACUUGGGUUUUAUUCGAUGUGUAAUAUGUACAGUAUGUUGUGCGAUGUGUUCUUUUUAAGUGUAUCCAGUUCGCCUGGAGAAUUUACCUGUUUUAAAAUGUUUCUGAUUCGUAUUUCUUUAUUAAUAUUACUGUGCUGAAUCAGUUGUACUGAAGCCAUACUAUUUUUAUGGUAUCAACAUAUCAUUAUUUUAUUUUAUCCAGUUUACAUGGGCCAGAGAGUAUUACCAGACCUUCCUUUGUUGUUAUGGCCUUCAAUCAUUUGUUUAGUUUCACAGAAAAGUUGCCGAUCUGCUUGAAAAGAUUAUUGAUAAUAUAAACAUGUAUUCACUUUGUGUCUUAAAAAAUAUAUAAAAAGUGAAUGACCAUUUAAUUUAUUUAUAGAUUUUACUAUUUUGUGUGCGUGUGUAUCUGUUUGUUACUUUUUUGACAUUAUAUUUUAUAUUAAUUACUUUUAUAAUUAAAAUGUAUUUUAUACUUGUUUUGACGCAUUAUAACAUUAUUAAUGCAACCUUUGGCACCAAUUUCGAGUUAUGCCGGUGCUUUAUUUCAGUGACAAAUAAAUUAAAGGAAAUUAUGCUGACUGAUGCUUGGUUUACUGUGAAUUAUUUG